AUAUCCCCGAGGCAUGUGGAUCUCGUGGAGGAAGCCGAGGUCCCUCGAGGCGGGGAGGCGACGGUGGAGUCCGGCAAGGCCCCGUUGCGUCUGCUUCGCGAUGGCCGUGCUCGCACUCUUGGGCGUGGGUGUGGGGAGGCUGGGCGGGGAGGGCGACGCGACGCGGAGCGACGCGAUGCGAAGCGACGCGACUCGGAGGAGCGACGGAGCUCCGCUCUCGCGGGUGGGCGUCCCGAGCGGUUCGCCGACUACCGCCGGAUCUCGGCGCUUCCCGGACGGAAACGAGACGCCUUUCGUCGGACGGCCUUUUCCACGGCCAGGAGCGAGAAAUGGACUUUUCUCGAGGAUGGCUUGCAAGCGGAACCGGCAGGAUCUCGACGCACUCCGGAAAAGUCCUCGGCCGACAUAACGCCCGAUCCUCGCGUUUCCAGCAACGAAAGUCUUCGAGAAAAGAAGAAGGAAGUGGACCUCCCGACGAAAGACACCUCCUCCAGGACCUCGGUCCUCCCGAAGCGGCGGAUCGUCCACUUCGACCUGAAGGGCGCGGCGCCGAAGGCGGACUACCUCGUCCGCGUGUUGGAGCUCGUGAAAGGCGCGGGUGCGACGGGGAUCCUGCUGGAGUGGGAGGACGCCUUCCCCUUCGAAGGGAGGCUGGGGGGCAUCGCGGCUCGAGAUCGAUACAGCGUGGAGGAGGUGGAGCGGGUGCUCGACGCCGCGGGUCGCCUCCGCCUCGACGUCAUCCCUCUGGUGCAGACGUUCGGGCAUCUGGAGUUCGUGCUCAAGACGAGGGAGUUCGAGUCGCUCAGGGAGUCGCCGGGGGAUCCGCAGGCGCUGUGUCCGUCCGAUAACGAGUCCAGGGCGAUGGUGACGGAGACGAUCGACCAGGUGAUGCGGGUGCACCGGAGGUACGGCCCGACUCAUCUGCACGUCGGGUGCGACGAGGUGUUUCUCCUCGGUCUGUGUCCUCGGUGUCGAUCGAGGGCGAAGAACGACCUUUUCCUGUCGCACGUCGAGUUCGUCGCCCACUACGUGCGGAAGAAGCACGGCUUGAUUCCCAUCGUCUGGGACGACAUGUUCCGGAAGCUGUCCCCGUCGGACCUGGCGGACCGCGACCUGGCCUUCGUGGAGCCGAUGGUCUGGGUCUACGCGGAGGACGUGUACAAGUUCGUCCCGGCGACGACGUGGAACGCGUACGCCGGGGCGUUCGAUCGGGUCUGGGGGGCCAGCGCAUUCAAAGGGGCGUUCGGGGAGACCCUGGUGCUUCCGCCGCUCGGGAGACACCUGCAGAACAACCUGAAGUGGCUGGAGGUCUUCCGGAAGGAGGCGGGGAAGUUCCAGGAAUUCAGGGGGAUCGUGUUAACGGGGUGGCAGAGGUACGAUCACUUUGCGGUGCUGUGCGAGUUGUUGCCGGCGGGGAUUCCGUCGCUGGUGCUGGAUCUGGUCGCGGUCGCGUCCGGGCGUAAGGGGCGGGGACUGGUCCAAGAGGCGAGGCGGAUCUUGAGCUGCGACGGAGAGUCUGCGGGGGAGACGACCUACGAGGGAUUGGGGCGGUGCGAUUUCCCGGGUCACGAGAUCUUCGAGGCCGCACGGCGACUGCAGCCGCUCGAGGAACGGUUCGCGCGGGAGACGUCGGCACUGAGGAGCAAGGGCUGGUACACGCCCUACAACCUCAGGCAUCGCUUCACCUCCCCGAUGAGGAUCCGCGAGGUCCAGGAUCGCCUGGCCUCGCUGGUGGAGAGCGUGGAGAGCGUCGGCCGAGAUCUCCACUCCGCCCUCGGCCUCGUCUUCCCCACCGCGACCGUCGAAGAAUAUCUCGAGCAGAGACUCUACGGCAUGUGGGAGGAGGCGAGGGAGCUGAGGGACGGACUCGCUGCCGUCGCGGCGCGGGGCCCAAUCAGGAAUCCCGAACUCAACCUCUCUCCUUCCUCAGCCAAUCAGGAAUCCCGAACUCAACCUCUCUCCUUCCUCAGCCAAUCAGGAAUCCCGAACUCAACCUCC